CAUACAACAGCUGAUAAAGCGCCCUACAUUCAUAUGUCAGUCAAACUUUGGAGAAGACCCAUCUGAACUUUACCCCUUUCCGAGAACUAGCAGUUCGAAAUGGAUCGUGGAACUAUUUUACAGUUCACUAACUGCAAAAUUCUCAGGGACCAUGUAAUUCAGAAAGAAGAUCUAUGGGUAAGGGAUGGUAAAAUCAUUGAUCCAGAAAAGGUAUUCUUUGACGAAAAAGUUAUAUCUGCCAAAAAAUUCGACUGUCUUGGUACCCUCAUCGUCCCCGGCUUCAUUGAUCUACAGAUAAAUGGUGGGUUUGGGGUCGAUUUUUCUCAUAAUACUUCUGACAGUGAGCGUGGGCUUGCUAAAGUAGCUCAUGGUCUUCUCGCACAUGGUGUCACUUCGUUUUGUCCAACUCUAGUUACUUCCAAACCUCAUAUCUAUCGAGAGGUGUUACCAAAAUUGAAGCCUCAACAAGGGGGAAGACAUGGUGCUACCAUCCUUGGAGUACACCUAGAAGGUCCCUUCAUUAGCAAACAGAAGAAAGGAGCCCAUGAUGAAGACACUAUCGCUUCCCUCACCGAGGGCUGUAAAUCACUUCUUGAUGUUUAUGGGCAACUCGAUAAUGCAUCUAUUGUAACAUUAGCUCCUGAGCUUCCUGGUGCAGAUGAGGCUAUCCAAUGGUUGACCAAGAAAGGAAUUACUGUGUCUUUAGGUCACUCUAUGGCAAAUUUGCAAGAGGGUAUCCAUGCUGUACUUCAGGGGGCAACUUUUAUCACACAUCUCUUCAAUGCCAUGCUGCCAUUUCAUCAUCGGGAUCCUGGACUUGUUGGUCUUCUUUCUGCUGAUAUGCCAAAAGAUCGUACAGUCUACUAUGGGAUUAUUUCAGAUGGGGUACACACUCAUCCUGCAGCUCUUCGAAUUGCCUACAGAGUUCAUCCAAAAGGCAUUGUGCUGGUAACUGAUGCCAUAUCAGCUCUUGGCUUGGAAGCAGGCACUCAUAAAAUUGGUCAAAUGUCUGUUGAAAUUCGGGAUCAGAAAGCUUUUGUGGCAGGCACUGAUACUCUCUGUGGCAGUAUUGCAAGUAUGAAUGACUGUGUGAAACAUUUCAAAGUAGCAUCAGGUUGCAGCACAGUGGAAGCUAUAGAAGCUGCGACUCUGCAUCCGGCACAAGUUUUGGGGCUCCAUAAGAGGAAAGGCACCCUCAGUUAUGGUGCUGAUGCUGAUUUUGUAAUGCUAGAGCCUGAAAAUUUGUCUGUUCUGUCAACUUUUAUUGCUGGUGAAUGUGUGUAUACUAAGUAGAGUUUACAAUUUUCAAUUUUGCUACACAAGUGUUUUGAAAUAUUUCAAUGUUUUAGCAUUUACAAAUUUUCCAGUUCAAAUAUUCCAGCGUCAUAUAACAGGGUGAAAAAAAUAUUAGAAAUUUGAAAAAUUAUUUAAUUCCUCGUGGGCACGUGAUUUAAAAAAUAAAAAAAAAUACACAAGUGUUAGUGUUGUCUCUGUAUGAAACCGAUCAACUGAUAGAAGCCUGCUCUUUUAAUACAAAGAUAAUGAAUGAUUGAUGUGUCCCCACCUCCAAGAGACUGGCCCUAAAAUCAAAUCAACAAUCUAAUAUGUAUUAUUGGUCCAACAUUAUGAUUUAUAACAAUUUUACCUCAGGCUGUGCUCACAUUUGCUGUGUUAAAUCUUGUGAAAUGUACAUAUGUUUUUAAAGGUUCUGUGUGGGGCAUAUAACUUCCAAGUUUGUAUUUUUAUAUGUUGACAUAGAAGUAGUAAUAACUGGUAAGUGGUAGAACUAGUUCAUUCUUGUCAUUUAUAAAAAAAAAUUUGUUACUUAAAUGUUUUUAAAGACAAAUA